AUGGAGCCCAACUGGGAAACUGUGCCAGACCUGCGGACGCUACUCUACUCGAUUCGGCUUCUCAACUCAGCUGCGCGCUACCGCAUGGACCAUCAGAACGGAGACGAAGUCGUGCAGCGUAUAGCUGAAGUCGAAUCAUCCCGGCAGGCAUACGACUUUGCCGAUCCGGCGACCUUGGAUGCCGUCUUCUGCUCUCUAGCAUUGUUCACCGCCAAUAGCGUGCUAGCAAAGCACGGCCGAGCUUUUCUACAUCUGAACGAGGCGCAAGUCCUCUUUGACCAUAUCGAGCCAUCUGGAUACGACGAGCAGCAGAGGAAGUUGCGGGUUGAGCAGGUUCUUCACAACACAGAGUCUGCCACGUUGGCGAUAUACGGGAGCAAGGAGAAGAAGCUGCAAACGAGGAAGCGACCGACCUGCUCAGACAUCGUCCCGGGCCGAGUGGGAGGAGUCGACACUGGUGAAAGACUGGGCGGGGUUGCCGGCGAGCUGCUCUACUGUCUGACGCGCAUACAUUUAGCAAGGAACGCCGACGAUAUUAGUAAAGUGAGUCUCGGAUCUGACGCCGUCUUAUCCAGCCUCGGGCAGCAUCGAUAUUCGAGGAUCCAGUCGGCCGAUGUCAUGGUCACCCGGCAGUGGCAGCUCUCGUGCAAGAUAAUCGCCAGCUACCAAGAAAGCAGCGGCGGAGAAAGGCCACCCACGUCAAUGAUGGAGUCUUUGGGUGUCGUAGCCAUGUCAUGGAUAUGCGGCCUCAAGCAGGGCGAGCUGAGGAUCGUUGGCUUAGGGAAACUCGCUGAGCUGGCCAUCAACAUCUUCAGGCUACCAGGCGGCGGUCAUGAAGACUCCCUUCGCGGGCUGGCCGGCGCCGUGAUGAAGGAAGACUAUGAAGGGAAGUUUGCGCUCCCUCUGGCGGACUUGGUCCUCUCGGUGGCGUAUGACGUGCCGCCUAUGAUGGAGAUGCCUCAAGACCGGGAACUUCGCUACAGCAUGAUGGCGCCCUCGACUACUCAAGGCGCACCAAGCAGUCCAGAGACGGAGCAGGUGCUUCGACAGUUUCCCAUCAUCCAACCCCUUGUUUUUAGCGAUGUUAUUCAAGGUGGCCCUUUCGAGUCCUCGAGUCUUAUGCUUUCGGAUUGCAAUCACUUAGAAUUCUAA